UAAGUUUGCUUUUUGCACGUGGGUUUUCAUUUAAAUUGAGUACCUACCGGUAGCAGGUCCCGAAGCAGGUGCAAGUCGAACGUAUUGUUCGGGCAUAGCUUCUACUCAUACUGAUUGUAGAUGUGAUAUUUUGGAACUUCAACUUAAGGAUUUAAAUUAAAUGCGAGAAGAUAUUUGCAGCACAAUGUCAGAACAAGAAGCACAUUUGCGUAACGCUGUGAAUCCUGAAAUUAAAGUUGAACCAGGCCAGUGCAGUGUUUUUGAUAACUAUCCAGAAAGAAAAGAUGGUUAUGGUUUUUUUAAAAACGGUUUGCCAACAAUUCCAUCAAAAGUAAACACUGUAAGUUCAUUUCUAACAACUAAAAAUGAGAUUGAAAAUAAUAAGUGUAUGGAAUAUGAGGAUGACUGCAGAAAUGUGUUUAGUGAAGAACAAUUUAAGUUUGACAGUUUAAUGGAACAUUUGAAAUUUAAAAAUGAACCUCUGGAAAAUAAAUGUGAACAUGAAACCCACUGUCAAUGCCAGUCUUUUGCAAAGGAAUUUAAUCACAGAAUUAAAUUAGGAACACAUUUGAUAAUACAUACAGGAAAAAUUCUCAAUGAAUGUAGGAAUUUAAACGCACAUUUAUGGAAACUGAUAGGAGAGACAUCAUAUGAAUGUGAACAUUGUGGAAUGAAGAUCAAUCAAGGCAAGAGUUUAAAGAUACAAUUAAAGAAACAUAAAGGACAAGUAGCAUAUGAAUGUGAACAAUGUGGAAAAACAUUUACCCACAGGGACAGUUUGAAAACACACUUAAUUACACAUACUGGAGAGAAGCCAUACGAAUGUGAACAUUGUGGAAUAAAAUUUACCCAAAGUAGCAAUUUGAAAGAACAUGUAAGGAUACACAAUGGAGAGACAUCAUAUGAAUAUAAACAUUGUAAAAAGAAGUUUAGAAAGAGUAGCCAUUUAAAAACACAUAUAAGAAUACACACAGAAGAAAGGCCAUUUGAAUGUGAACAUUGUGGAAAGAAGUUUAUUUCUGGUGCCGCUUUGAAAAGACACCUUAUGAUACACACAGGAGAAAGGCCAUUUGAAUGUGAACAUUGUGGAAAGAAGUUUAUUUCUGGUGCCGCUUUGAAAAGACACCUUAUGAUACACACAGGAGAAAGGCCAUUUGAAUGUGAACAUUGUGGAAAGAAAUUUACCCAAAAUUGCCAUUUGAAAGAACAUGUAAGUAUACACAAUGGAGACACACCAUAUGAAUGUAAACAUUGUGGAAAGAAGCACAAUGAUAAACACGAUUUGACAAGGCAUUUAACGAUACACUCAGGAGAGAGACCAUUUGAAUGUGAACAUUGUGGAAAGAAAUUUAAACUAAUUCGCCAUUUGAAAGCACAUGUAAGGAUACACAAUGGAGAGACGACACCAUAUGAAUGUAAACAUUGUGGAAGGAAAUGUAUUAAUAUUAGCCAUUUGGAAAACCAUAUAAGGAUACACACAGGUGAGAGACCAUUUGAAUGUGAAAACUGUGGAAAGAAAUUUAUUCAAAGUAGCCAUUUGAAAGCACAUGUUAGGACACACACUGGAGAAACACCAUAUGAAUGUAAACAUUGUGGAAAGAAAUUUACCGUAAGUAGCAAUUUGAAAGCACAUGUAAGGAUACACAAUGGGGAGUUACCUUAUCAAUGUGAACAUUGUGGAAGGAAGUUUAACCGAAGUAAUAUUUUGAAAGCACAUGUAAGGAUACACACUGGCGAGACACCAUAUGAAUGUGAACAUUGCGGAAAGAAAUUUACCCAAAGUAGCAAUUUGAAAGUACAUGUAAGGAUACACAAUGGAGAGACACCGUUUGAAUGUAAGCAUUGUGGAAGGAAGUGUAUUAAUAGUAGCCAUUUGAAAAAACAUAUAAGGAUACACACAGGUGAGAAACCAUUUGAAUGUCAACAUUGUGGAAAGAAAUUUACUGAAAGUGGCAGUUUGAAAUCACAUUCAAGUAUACACACAGGAAAAAGACCGUAUGAAUGUGAACAUUGUGGAAAAAAGUUUAGAAAUAACAGCUAUUAUAGAAGGCAUUUAAGGAUACACAGUGGAGACUUAAAUUAUGAAUGUAAACAUUGUGGAAGGAAGUGUAUUAGUAGUGGCAAUUUGAAGAAACAUAUACGGAUACACACAGGAGAGAGGCCAUUUGAAUGUGAACAUUGUGGAAAGAAAUUUAUUUCUAGUAGCAAUUUGAACGUACACUUAAAGAUACACACAAGAGAAAGGCCAUUUGAAUGUGAACAUUGUGGAAAGAAGUUUAUUAGUAAAGAUGCUUUGAAAAAGCAUUUUACAAAACACAUAGGACAGAGACCAUAGUUAUGUGAACAUUGUGAAAAGUAGUUUAAAGACCAUAUUACUAUGAAAAUGCAUGUAGCCAUACAUACAGACAUAUCAAUGAAGUAAUGUAAACAGUAUGGAAAGACAUGUAAAAGCAUAAAGUGUCUUAACAGACAUACAUGAAGAUAAAUGGAUGUGACAUACCUUAUAUGAAUGUGAACAUUGUUGAAAGAAGUUUUUUUUUUAUAGCCUUUGAAAUUUCUUUUAAUAGUACACUCGGGUAAAACUCCAUAUGAAUGUAAACCAUCUGGACGGAGAUUAAAAGACAUUAGCAACUUCUGAAGUUGCUAGUGUCUUUUAAUCUGUACGGAGAUUAAAAGACAUUAGCAACUUC